GUGGCAGCGAUGGUGGGGUGUGGGGAUGACGGAUCCGUCCGUUAGCCAGCACACUCGAUGCGUCGUCACAGCAGCUGGAGACCGUCUCAUUUCAUUAGGGUGUGUUCGCCAGUGCGUCAGUUUAGAGUUCGUUUCGAGCCGCGCCCCUCGUAUUUUGCGCCGUUGUGGGUCUGGAGGGAGGGAGCUGCAAGCGUGUCUAGGGAGAGCUAGAGUGCGGCUGUGGGGGAGAGUUUUCACGCUGCAGCUGCAGUGAAGAGUGUUGCCGGCGCGGUUCUAGGAAUAGUCUCGGUCGUGAUCUCUUUGGAUUGUGGAAUAUUUUGGGUUCUGGUGCUUCUGACCGUUGCAAAUUGGGGGUGGGGGUGUUGCAGGUGGUAGUUAAUCUCUUCCGAGGGAAGUGUGUGGGAGGGAUGCGUUUCUACCGUUGGUCGCGUGGGAGGCUCGGUUGAUCGUGGUUGAAUUCAGCUGUCUUGUUUGUUAUGUACAUUUCGGCAACUGGCGAGGAUAGUUUAUUCACUGUUUUGCGUGGAGCGGGGACAGUGUGUGUAUGUGUGUGUGUGAGUUUUAGCUGUUAAUUUGCGCGUGUGGUCACUGUAGCUCUCUCCUCCGUGCGUGAACGCUUUACUUCGGAGGUUGCUGUUUCCUCGACAUGCACACCGUGUGUUCCAGUGAUACCACGUCUACAUUAGAACCUUGCAGUAUCCUUCCCCCGUAGUUUCGAGGGUCGAGCAGGAGUUUCACAUUUCGUUAAGCUCUUAAUGUCCUGGAGUUGCAAUAAUGUCCGUCGUGGUAGUGCUUUGACAAGCUGAAAUCGCAGCUUAGGUCCGUGUUGUUUGUGUAGCCUACGUACGUGUUGCAAAUUCUGCUGCGAGAUCUGCCUUGAGGUAGUUGUGGGGGAGCUGAUAAGUGAAUUAUGUGCCAAGCUGUUCUCCAGCUGUAGCACUUAGGAGUGUUUCAAAAUUGGAUGUAGUUGGCCGUAAUGGUUUCCCAUAAGCAGCCAAAUAUAUGGAACCUGUGGGCAGGAUGGCGGAUCGUUCUCUUCUUGCUGCUCAUUCACCUAAUUGCAGCCCAAGACCCGGACCAGCUACCGAACACAGAUGGCAUACCCGCGUCUCCGCAGGAAGUCUUGGCCUUGCUCAGGAUUAAGCGUGCAUUAGUUGACCCUCGCAAUGUCUUGGCAAGCUGGAAUGAGAGUGGAUUGGGAUCAUGCGAUGGCACUUGGUUAGGCAUCAAAUGUGCUCAAGGGCGCAUUAUCUCCAUUGCGCUUCCAUCGAGGCGGCUUGGUGGUUCCAUUGCCACUGAUGUUGGCAGCCUCAUAGGUCUUCGGAAGCUCAACUUCCACCAUAAUAACAUCACUGGAGCCAUACCAGCCUCUCUGGCCACUAUUACCUCUUUGCGGGGGGUUGCAUUGUUUAAUAACAGGUUUACAGGCCCAAUACCGACAGGUUUCGGAGCUUUGCCACUUCUACAAGCUUUCGAUGUGUCCAACAAUAAUCUCUCCGGGUCUCUUCCUGCGGACUUGGCCAAUUCGCUCGCGUUCAACAUUCUCAAUCUUAGUGGUAACAACCUGACUGGUUCAAUACCAUCGGAGUAUGGCGCGUUUCGGGGACAGUAUCUAGACUUGGGGUCUAACAGCCUCAACGGGCCUCUACCCGGGACGUGGACAUCCACAAGACUAGUGGAGUUGCAUGUGGGCAACAACCAGCUCACUGGUAUCCUUCCGGAGGGGCUGGGAAACGUGCACACCCUUAAGGUUCUGAGCAUUGCGAACAACAAUCUGAGUGGAACUAUUCCCUCGACCUACGUCAAUCUCACUUCUCUAGAAACCUUCGACAUGCGGGUGAAUAACGUGAGUGGUGAGUUCCCCUCCGGAUUCGGGAGCUUGCCGCUCACCAGCCUGAAUGUUACUUACAACAGGCUCAGUGGCCCUGUCCCUACCUUUGUUACUGCUUUCAACAUAUCCUCCUUCAAACCUGGAAACGAGGGGCUGUGUGGAUUUCCAGGUCUGUUAGCUUGUCCUCCUUCAAGUCCUGCACCGUCGCCCGUCAUAGCAGAAGGAGCCGGAACUAGAGGGAGACGACUAAGUACCUUGAGUAUUGUUUUCAUUGCUCUCGGUGGUGCGCUGACUUUCAUUUUGCUGGUGACGAUGAUCAUAACGCUAUGCUGCUGCUGUAGAGGCGGAGGGGCAGCUGCCGCGGGUGGCGACAAGCCUGAGAGGUCUCCCGAACGAGAGGGUGAAGCUGGAGGCAAACUGGUCCAUUUCGAAGGACCGCUCCAGUUCACAGCUGAUGAUCUUCUAUGUGCAACAGCUGAAGUGUUAGGGAAGAGCACAUAUGGUACUGUAUACAAGGCUACCUUAGAAAAUGGUAGCCAUAUCGCAGUGAAGCGUUUGCGUGAGGGUAUCGUGAAGUCCCAAAAGGAUUUCACCAAAGAGGUAGACGUCCUCGGCAAGAUUAGGCAUCCAAAUUUGCUAUCUUUGAGGUCCUACUACUGGGGUCCUAAGGACGAGAAGCUCCUUGUGUACGACUACAUGCCCGGUGGAAGUUUGGCUGCAUUUCUGCAUGCUAGAGGACCUGAAACAUCUUUAGAUUGGGCCACUAGGAUUAGGGUAGCAGAGGGAGCCUGCCGGGGACUUCUGCAUCUUCACAGUAACGAGAACAUCGUCCACGGGAAUUUGACGGCGUCCAAUAUUCUUCUUGACGCAAGGGGUCCCGCCAUAACUGCCUGUAUAUCAGAUUUUGGCCUUUCACGCCUUAUGACUCCAGCUGCGAAUGCCAAUGUAGUUGCUACUGCUGGAUCACUUGGUUAUCGUGCCCCUGAGCUAACCAAACUAAAGAAAGCAACAACGAAAUCUGAUGUUUACAGUUUUGGUAUUGUAUUGCUGGAGCUUCUAACUGGCAAGGCACCUCAGGAUGUGAGCACCACCGAUGGGGCCAUUGAUCUACCUGACUAUGUGGCCGGCAUAGUUAAGGAGAAUUGGACAGCAGAGGUUUUUGACUUAGAGCUGAUGAAAGGUGCUGCGGCACCUACCGAGGAGGAGUUAAUGACAGCAUUGCAAUUAGCUAUGCGAUGCGUGUCUCCUUCUCCAUCAGAGCGUCCAGACACCGAUGCAGUUAUCCGAUCUCUGGAGGAGUUGCGAUCGAGUGAGCGUUUCCAGUCCCCUCGAACGCACUCAGAAGGGACUUCAGUCUGAUUCUUUCAAUUCCUUGGCGAUACAUCUUUUGAAUCCCUUGAUGCCUCUCUGCUCUCUACACCUGUACAUUUUACGUUGCACACAAGCUAUUGUUGUAGUCUGUGAAAGGGUGAAGACCUCAGAAUCUAUCUCAGUAGAUCCAGACUAAUGCAACCUGGUUUUAAACUUGCCGCCUCAGCAUGUGUAGGAGCCAAUCUAAUCUCAAGCCCAGCUGGAACCUCGUCGUGCACCUAGUUCGCAGCAUUGAGGUCCUAAUUUUGGUCGAAGGGUUGGAGUAGAUUGAGUAGUACAGGUAAGUAAGUCCAGAAGACUUUCGAUCUGAACAUGCUGAAGCAAUGUACAUAGGGAGGAGAGGAGAGUUGAUACCUUUUGAGGGAAUUUGAUAGCUCAUUCUUCGAAAUAAGCUUGUAACAUUACAUGUGAUUUUUCACUUGCAUAACUUGUGCAAAAUCUUCCCGUAA